CUAGUGCCAUGGAUUUUCUGCUUCCAUCUUCCAUUUGUGCUCCAACUACAAUCUUAGCAUCUGUGCUUUUCCUCGUCUCUUUCGUAUGGAUAUAUAAAUACAAGGAGAAAAGCACAGCAAAGAAUAGAGGUCCUCCAGAAGCCCCCGGUGCAUGGCCAAUACUCGGCCACCUUCCCCUCCUAGGAGGGCCGCAACCGCCUCACGUAAUCCUAGCGAACAUGGCUAACAAGUACGGACCGCUCUUCACUAUCAAGCUUGGUGUGCAUCGAGCUCUUGUUGUGAGCAGUUGGGAUGUGGCUAAAGAGUGUCUCACCAGUACUAAUGAUAAAGCUUUUGCCAACCGCCCCAAAGCUUUAGCUGCAGAGAUUAUGGGGUACGACUAUGCCAUGUUCGGUUUUAGCCCUUACGGAGCUUACUGGCGCCAGGUGAGAAAGAUAGCCAUGCUACACAUCCUCUCUGGCCACAAGUUGGAGAUGCUGAAACACGUCCGGGAAUCGGAGGUGAAGGUAUGUACCAAACAUAUAGUUGAUAUGUGGGAGCGAAACAAAGGUGUCUCAAAUAAGGUGAUGGUGGAGAUGAGGAAGUGGUUUGGAGAUUUAACCUCAAAUGUCAUGUUAAGGAUGGUUGUUGGAAAGAGAUUUCUCGGUUUGGAGCAAGAGAAUGAAGAGAUUGAAUGCUUAAGAAAGGCGUUGAGGGAAUUUUUCAAAUUGGGUGGUGAAUUUGUAAUCUCAGAUGCAGUUCCAUAUCUAAGGUGGUUGGACUUGGGAGGAUAUGAGAAAGCCAUGAAGAAGACAGCUAAAGAACUUGACGGUGCGCUUCAGAAAUGUUUAGAAGAGCAUAAGCACAAGAGUAGUAAUUCUGUGCAACAUGUAAAUGGUGAGAAUGACUUCAUGGAUAUGGUGCUUUCUGUCCUUGAUGAUGAUUGUAUACAAGACUUUGGUGGUUCAGUUACUGCUGAUACUAUCUCCAAAGCUACUUGCCUGAGUGUUCUUCUAGGGGGGACAGAUACCACCGCAGUGACAUUAACCUGGGCACUUUCUUUAUUACUCAACAAUCCUGAAGUCCUGAAGAAGGCUCAACUUGAGCUAGACAACCAUGUUGGUAGGGAUAGGCAAGUGAAUGAAUCAGAUGUGAAGAACCUUGUCUAUCUACAAGCCAUUAUGAAGGAAACCUUGCGGUUAUACCCUGCUGCACCUCUAUCAGUACCACAUGAAUCCAGAGAAGACUGCACUGUAGGUGACUAUCAUGUAAGUUCAGGCACACGGCUUCUUAUCAAUCUUUCAAAGAUUCAGCGUGAUCCAAAUAUCUGGAUCGAGCCUUGUAAAUUCCAACCAGAAAGGUUUCUCACAACUCACAAGAAUGUUGAUGUUAGGGGUCAGAGUUUAGAAUUUACACCAUUUGGAACCGGAAGACGAAUAUGUCCAGGAAUCUCUCUAGCACUUCAAGUUACUCAACUUACACUAGCUCAUUUGCUACAUGGGUUUGAGAUUACAGCUCCAUCUGGUGAACCAGUUGAUAUGGGUGAGAGUUCAGGAUUAACAAACAUGAAGGCCACCCCACUGGAGGUCUUUCUUACCCCACGCCUACAUCCUAAACUUUAUGAAAAUGUUGACUACAAAUGUUCUUGAAUGUUAAGAAUUCUACUACUAUAUCUUUCUGUCACUAGCACCACAUAUAUUGUAAUUUUCAAGUCAUCUUAUCCUAAAAACUUUGAACUCUAGAAGCGGAUUAUAAGCACAUCUCAAGGGGAGAACCUCUGUUCUCUCUCUCCUCUUUUCUUUUUUCUUCUCUUCAUCUUCCCCUACCUUCGUGGUACAUCCCUCUACCUUCGUGGUAGUUCCUCUGUCCGGCGGUGGCAGGCAUGGUUUUAUUUUCCUUUCCUUCUCUAAAUCCCUGUUCCAAAUCUCCAUAAUCCUUCAAUUUCAGAUUACCCAUCCUCUGAUGACUACAAUUCUUCCCACCACAGUUCUUCCCCUUUCUUCAACUUUUUCCUCGUUUCUGUUCCAUUUCCGAUCCUCCCACUUUGUUCUCUCCUCUUCUUCUGUUCUUUCCUAUCUUUCUUUGUUCUAUUCCUCCAUUUCCCAAAUUCCAGAAUUUUCGUGUAUGUGAUGCACAUCAUCCUCACCCAUCAGGUUCAACGAAUGUUCAUCGAUUGUUAUCAGUGUUGUAUCGUAUAUCAUAUAUCAGCAUGUUGGCGAAUCCGCUCAUGCUGUUCUCGAUCUCUCUUUCUUUUUUCUUUUUUCUUUGGUUACCUUGUGGCCGGGCAAUUUUUUGCCUGGUUUUCUGAUGUUGGUGAUAGUUGAUGUUUUGUAUGGUGAUGGAAAUUGGGUCAUGGAUAUCUUAGGGUUUAUCUGGAUGGGUUCUGCGUAGCUUUUCCUGCGCUGGUUUGAUUUGGCUAGCUUUCAAGCUUUCUACGGCAGAUUUUGUGACGUCUCUGUGUCGCAGUCAACUCUGGGUUGCGACGGCGACGCCAACGAAACUCAUAGCUCAAUCUGUACCUGGGCUAAGGCUUGUUCGGCUUGAGGGGCUUGCUUUUUGUUCUUGGACCUGUUUUGGUUCUUAUCUUGUAAUUUAGUUUGUUUUUUAGUAUGUAAAUCUACUUGUUGAAGAAAUUAAAAAAGUAUCCUGUCUUCGACCAAAAAAAAAAAAAAAAAAAGUCAUCUUAUCCUGGCAAUAAUCUUAUAGUUUGUAUAAUACCAAUCACUUUCAAUAGUUUUGUACAGAUAAAGAAAAAGAGACAAAUAUAAACAAAAGGAUUAAAUUUAGUUUACCACCUCAAAUUUUAGAACUAAAAUCAGUUCAGUCCCUGAUCUUUUUUUUUAAUUAGUUCAGUCCCUGAUCUUUUUUUUUUAAUCAGUUUAGUCCAUGAACUUUCAGUUUUCAUCAGUCGUGUCUAAAUUUCGAAAUUGACUUCAAUGAUUACGUCACAAGCUGAGUUGGCCAAACAUGUUGGCCCAUUUUUACAGACUAUGAACCCCGUAGAAGGGUGUAAUGGACAUUUUCACAUUCCACCCUAAAAUUAAAAACAUAAACGCUCUAACAAUAGUGCAAUAGUGCAAUAGUGCAAAACCACGACUCUUCCUAUUUCUCAAAUGAAGGGUGAAAGGCUGAAAAAUGGGCCACUAUGUCCGCUCCAACUCACUAGAUGACAUCACAUUUCGAUCUAAAUUCAAAUUUUGGACUAGGGUGAUGCAUUUUGAAAGUUUGGGGACUGAACUGAUUUUAGCCCUAAAGUUUAAGGGGGUAAACUGAAUUUAAUCCUAAACAAAAAAUAGUAAAAGUAUAAAAGAAAACAACAGGGACCCUUAUUCCCUUCAUCUACAUAAAUAGGAAACAAAAAAGGAACCAUUGACCCUACUCUCAGAAAAGUGACUCAAUUUGCGACUGCAAAACAUAUUAAACCAAAAUGCAUCAUA